AGAAGAAGGAGAGGAGAAAGACAGGACGGAGAUGUCAGGCGCCAUGUCUCCGUGUUCCUCUCUCUCUCUCUCCCUCUCUCUUCCGGUGUCUCGGCUCUCGGUUUAGCUUCGAGACGCUAACCGGCUGAUAGUUAGCGCGCUGUCUGUCUCACAACAACAACAACAGGGCAUUUAAAUCAUACUUUAAUAUAAAAUAUAAAAUAAGAUACCCUCGAUUUAUUUACAGCUGUAUUUAUGUUUUGUUUUUAUUUGACACAUCAUCCGGUAGGUCGCGAGCUAGCUUCAUGGCUACACCUGUUAAAGUAACGGUUAGCCGUCCAUGCUAGCUAUUUCAUUUAUUAUAAUCAGCCUCAUUUGCAUAAUGAACCUGAUUAAUUUAUCGGUAAUUAACCGAGCCGUCAUUAAAAAGAAACCGAACCAGCUAUAGCUCAUACGUGAAUGUAAUUAUGUAGUUAUUUAUAUUUAAAAUAAUAAUAAAAUAAUAAUAUUAAUAAUGCCGUAUAAUUCAAGCGCAUAGAGAUGUUCGCAGGCGCGUGCGUCAUUUUGUCAUUUCUCAGCUUUAACGGUUUAAAGCGUUAUAAAUGCUGCUCGAGACGCAUUAAAUACGUUCAUAUUACGGUGUCAGAUGCUGAUUGGUGAUAUUUUGUUUAUUAUUCUAACGAUUGUGAGAUUAUAUCCCCUUAAAAAUGUGACAUUAACGAGAAAUAUUAACGUGAAGAGUCGUUUAUGUCGGUGUCUCCGUCUGUGAUUUUCCAACAGCCAAUCAGAGACACUCCUGGGUCAUAAUACAUUUUGAUUGGUUAAGUGUGACAGGUUGUAAUGACUAGGCGGGGCUUAAUUACUGCCUCAGUUCAAUUGGAUUAAUUAAUUGAAUUAUAAUUAAACCUGGAAUUAUUGUUCUUACGAUGGGAAUAUAUUAUCUAAAACAAUUAUAUAAUACUAUCUAACUAACUAUAUAUAUAUAUAUAUAUAUAUACACACACACAUACUGUAUUGCCAAAAGUUUUGGGACGUCUGCCUUUCCAUGCACAUGAAUGUAAUAUGGAGUUGUCCCGCCCUUUACAACUAUAACAGCUUCAACUCUUCUGGGAAGGAUUUCCACAAGGUUUAGGAGUGUGUUCACGGGAAUUUUUGACCGUUCCUCUAGAAGUACAUUUGUGAGGUCAGGCACUGAUGUUGGACGAGAAGGUCCGGCUCACAGUCUCCACUCUAAUUCAUCCCAAAGGUGUUCUAUGGGGUUGAGGUCAGGACUCUGUGCAGGACAGUCAAGUUCCUCCACACCAAACUCACUCAUCCAUGUCUUUAUGGACCUUGGUUUGGUCACUGGUGUGCAGUCAUGUUGGAAGAGGAAGGGGUCAUCCCCAAACUGUUCCCACAAAGAGCAUGAAAUUGUCCAAAAUGUCUUGGUAUGAAGCUGAAGCAUUAAGAGAUGAUUUGUAGGGGUGUCCCAAAACUUUUGGCAUGAUAGUGUAUAUAUAAUAUAAUAAUAAUAAAUACUUUGAGAAAGUAUCAUAUGUGCAUCAAGAAUGAACAUAAAUACAGUGAGGAUUAUUGGAAUGAUGUGAAAUGAUUGUAACUAUGUGAAGAAUUAUUAUAGAAUAUAUGUGUAUCGAAUUAUCAUGAGUACGUAGAGAAUGAUCAUCAGUUGAUGUGAAUAAUUAUUCGUCUGUUUAAUCAGGGAUUAAUGUCAACAUUCUUUAAUGAUUGGACUUUUGAAGCUGACUUUUCACUUCUGUGACACAUUUUUCCUUCUCAUUUUUGACCACUAAUCUCCCGCAUGACCCCGUUUGAUGUCGGACCAUGGAUUUCAGAUUAACCUGUCUGGAGCGGUCCAAAGUAAGCCGAAACUUCAAAGUAAACGUAAAGUCCUGAAGCUGGAUUUCGCCAAUCCGUCGAUCAAGUCAUCCACCAGAUUCAGCCUCAACACUGCGGUGCCGUCCUUCCAGAACCCUCAAAUAGAACGUUUGCGCACACACAGUAUUGAAUCAUCAGGAAAGUUAAAGAUUUCUCCAGAGCAGCACUGUGACUUCACAGCGGAGGAUCUGAAGGACCUGGGGGAGAUCGGCCGAGGAGCGUACGGCUCUGUCAACAAGAUGGUGUACAAACCCAGCGGGCAGAUCAUGGCUGUAAAGAGGAUCAGGUCGACUGUGGAUGAGAAGGAGCAGAAGCAGUUGCUGAUGGAUCUGGAUGUGGUGAUGAGGAGCAGUGACUGUCCUUACAUUGUCCAGUUCUAUGGAGCGCUUUUCAGAGAGGGGGACUGUUGGAUAUGUAUGGAGCUCAUGUCUACCUCUCUCGACAAAUUCUAUAAAUACGUAUAUUCCACGUUGGAGGAUGUGAUCCCCGAGGAGAUCUUGGGCAAAAUUACACUAGCUACUGUGAAAGCACUUAACCACUUAAAAGAAAACUUGAAAAUAAUUCACAGAGACAUUAAGCCAUCGAACAUUCUGUUGGACAAGAAUGGGAACAUUAAGCUGUGUGAUUUCGGGAUCAGCGGUCAGCUGGUGGACUCCAUCGCCAAGACCCGAGACGCAGGCUGCAGGCCGUACAUGGCACCGGAGAGAAUAGACCCCAGUGCUUCCAGACAGGGUUAUGAUGUACGCUCAGACGUCUGGAGUUUGGGAAUCACACUGUACGAGUUAGCGACCGGUCGGUUUCCGUACCCGAAGUGGAACAGUGUGUUUGAUCAGCUCACGCAGGUGGUGAAAGGAGAUCCUCCACAACUCACCAACUCUGAAGAACGACAGUUCUCCCCCAAAUUCAUCAACUUCGUCAACCUGUGCCUUACGAAGGACGAGUCGAAAAGGCCGAAGUACCGAGAGCUUCUGAAACACCCCUUCAUCCAGAUGUACGAGGAGCGCUCCGUAGACGUGGCCAGUUACGUGAGCAGGAUCCUGGACCAGAUGCCGGCGUCCCCCAGCUCCCCCAUGUACGUGGACUAGAACAGAAACGCAAGCUGUCGUGUAAAAAGUUCCGCUUCGUCACAGAACCCUGCAGAAACAUGCAGAGACGUCCAGAGCAGUGAGACAGCUGUCCUCAAUCACGCCCGCACAGCUGUCUGUCUCUCUCUGUCUCAUGUCUCACCUCACAGCAUGCGCUGGAGGACGCCUCGUCUCUGGACAUACUGUACAUACACCCUGCUGCUGAGUGUGUGUGUGUGUGUGAGUGUGUGUGAGUGUGUGUGAGUGUGUGUGUGUGUGUGUGUGUGUGUGUGUGUGUGUGUGUGUGUGUGUGUGUGUGUGUGUGUGAGUGUGUGUGAGUGUGUGUGAGUGUGUGUGAGUGUGUGUGAGUGUGUGUGAGUGUGUGAGUGUGUGGUCCCGGAGGAGGUUUUUGAGAGCGGCCAUACCGAAGUGCUGCUCACGCCGGUCUGUCCACUCUCUGCCUCGUGAUGGCUCGAUUCCAAAUCCCCCUUCUCCAUACCCAAGUGCACUAUGUAGGGUGUUUAAUAAUGGCUCCUGCACCCGAGGUAGUGCACCGGUGUAUUUGGGAUUCAUCCCAUGAUCGUGUCUUUACUGUAUAAUGAUUAUGAUCCAUGUUCUGAUGUAUAAAAUAAAUCAACUGGUAAACUGGAA